AUGGCACCUCGGCAACCAAUGGGUCAAGGCUUUACAGGCCCCAGCCUUCGAACCAUAAAUUACGCCAACAGCAACGACCCUUUAUUCUUGAACGCCACACUCAACGCUCUCCCUACCGCCACGGACGCACCCUUCAACGCGUUCCAGCGAAAGCACGACCCUACCAGCCUGCCCGAUACCCGCGUCGACCUCCUGCGCGACAUAUACGACUGGGCCAAUGGCGACGACUCGCCCAGUAUCUUCUAG